AUGGAUGCUGCAGUGAAUGAUGAAUGGAUUGUAAGAAGAAAUAGAUUAUUUUGUGACGUAAUAAAUAAUUUAAUAACAACAUUUUAUGAAAUUCAAUAUAAGUUUUUUUUUGUAAAAAAAGAAUUAUAUAAUAUUAAUGAAUCGAUAAGUCAUGCAGACACAAUUCAAACUAUUCAAUCUACGCUUUUUAAUAUUAUUAUUACUUUUGUUAUUGAUUGUAAAGCGCUAGUUAAUCUCAAGCAUAUUGUUAGUAAAACAAUUAAGAAAGAUAAUUAUAGUUUUGUAGAAAGUUAUUAUUACCAAUUCGAGAAUGAAAAAUUUUUAGAGUUGUUUAAUAAAUUAGAAGGAUGUAUGUUAGGAUGUGAAAAAAUUAAUAUGUAUUUGACAAUUCAGAUUAACAGAUUAAAAAAAAGAAGAAACUUUUAA